CAUUCCCUGCUUUCACAAUCACUUGUUUGCGACUUUGCAGAUCUCAAAGUUCAGCGGCGGGGACCGUCCCCAAACCUGUGCCAAGGCUCCGGGGCUCUGUUUUUCGUCCGGGCGGGAGGAGGUGAUUAGCACCACGCUCCCCCGAGCGGCUACAUCAGCCGGAGGCGCAGCCGGGUGCGGGCGGUGCGAUGGCGAUGGGCGGAGUGGCGGCGGUGGUCGCCGUGCUGGCGCUGGCUUCGGCCGCAGACGACAGACCUCCGAUCGUUGUCACCAAGUACGGACCACUGGAGGGGAAGCAGGUGUCGGUCAGGGGAACAACCAAGCCUGUCUACAACUACCUCGGCAUCCCUUUUGCAAAGCCACCUGUUGGCCCCUUGAGGUUCUCCGCCCCGGAGCCACCAGAGAUGUGGAGUGGAACUCGGAAGGCGACGACCUUCAGUCCGGGGUGUCUGCAAAAUUCAACUGUGAUGGACAUGCUGACAGACCUCCUGAAGAUCAACUCAGGACCGAAGAGAUACAGAGAAGAUUGCCUGUAUCUGAAUGUGCACACACCCGUUCAACCCCACGACACGGAGACAAAGCUUUCUGUGAUGGUCUGGAUUCACGGUGGGGGCUUUAUGGUGGGGAGCGGAUUAUUCUAUGACGGAUCUUCACUUGCAGCCUACGAGGAUGUGGUGGUGGUGGUGAUCCAGUACCGGCUGGGAAUCCUCGGAUUCCUCAGCACAGGGGACGAGCACAUGAAGGCAAACCUGGGAAUGUUGGAUCAGAUUGAAGCACUGAAAUGGGUCCAAGAAAACAUCAAGAGCUUCGGAGGUGACCCCAGCUCAGUCACCAUAUUUGGGGAGUCUGCUGGAGGAGUUAGUGUAUCAUUGCUGCUUGGUUCCCCGUUGGCGAAGGGUCUGUUCCACAGGGCGAUAUCUGAGAGUGGCACCGCUCUAUUUGAAAUGGUUUUCAACCCAGAUCCGAAAUCAACGGUUCAAGCUUUGGCCAACAAGACAGGCUGUGGCCAGGACACUUCAUGGGAGCUUGUCAGUUGCCUCAGGAACAAGUCUGAAGAAGAAAUAUUGAACCUCACCCAAACCACUCUGUUUGCGCCCAUAGUGGUGGAUGGGAUCUUCCUAACCAAAGAUACCGAGCAGCUCUUUGAGGCUAAAGAGUUCACUGUAGUCCCCUACAUGUUAGGAGUCACCAAUCAUGAAGCUGGCUGGAUUUUAUCAAAGAUGAUGAAUCCGCCUGGCUGGGAGGAAGGAAUGGACAAAGAGACCUCAAAGAUGAUCAUCAACAACACAUACUUACUGACAGAAGAGAAUGUGCAACUCUCCCUGGACUACUACAUGGGGGACACACAGGACAGGGUAAAAAUCAGAGACCUGCACCUCGAGUUGCUUGGUGAUGUGUUUAUGCUGGUGCCUACCAUCCGGGCUGCAAGAUAUUGCAGAGAUGCAGGGUGCCCCGUCUAUCUGUACGAGUUUCAACACAGCACGAGCAUCUUUAGAAGGGGCCGGCCCGAGUUUGUGAAGGCUGACCAUGGCGACGAGAUCCUUUAUGUUUUUGGUGCUGCCUUUUGGGAUGGAGACAUCAGCGUAUUAGGGAACAUCACUGCUGAGGAGGAGGCUUUGACCAGAAGUAUAAUGAGUUACUGGGCGAACUUUGCCAAGAAUGGGAACCCCAAUGGAGAGGGGCUGGUGCUGUGGCCGGCCUACGAUCAGAACGAGAACUACAUGCAGCUGAACCUGAAGCCGGUGGCCGGGACAAAGCUCAAGGAACAUCGGAUGAAGUUCUUCACCAAGAUCCUGAAGCACCAUGCUGGGGAGGAGACUGAGCAGAGCUCGACAGGGAACCAGUGCUCGGCGCCCACGGUCUGGACUGAGGAUGGGUGGCUUCGAGGUCAGCAGAUGGAGGUGGAAGGAAGUCCCAGGCCGGUGUCCGGAUACUUGGGGAUCCCGUUCGCUGCCCCUCCGGUCGGACCCCUGAGGUUUGCUGCCCCCCAGAGACCACAGCCAUGGACGGGGAUCCGGAACGCCACCAGCCAUCCUCCGAUGUGUCUCCAGAAGAUAAGGAGAGUUCCAGUGCACUUUGUGGUCCCUGCCAGUGAAGAUUGUCUGUACCUCAGUGUCUACACUCCCACCACUGCCACCCAGCACCGGACCCCCAUACCAGUCAUGGUUUGGAUCCACGGAGGGGCCUUCAUUCUGGGAAGGAGCUCCAUAUUCUACGGGUCAGCACUGGCCGGCUUUGGGAACGUGGUGGUGGUGGUGAUCCAAUACCGAAUCGGUGUGGCUGGAUUCCUCAGCACCGGAGACGAGUGGGCGAGAGGAAACUUCGGCUUCCUGGACCAAGUGGCGGCAUUACAGUGGGUUCAGAGGAACAUCGGGCAGUUUGGGGGCGACCCCCAGCAAGUCACGCUGUUUGGGGAGUCUGUCGGGGGUCUCAGCGUCUCUCUGCAUACGCUGUCUCCACUCUCCGCUGACCUGUUCCACAGGGCCGUUCUACAAAGUGGGAGCGCUCUGAUGCCCGGUGUCUUACCCCCACUGCCCACCCAGCUGGCACACGAAGCUGCUGAGAUAGCAGGCUGCAGUGACACACAAUCCCAGCUCCUGCUCCAGUGCCUCAGGAACAAGACCGAAGACGAGAUGUCCCAGAUUACCAACAGUGUGAAUGACUUGUACCAGUUAAUUCCUGUUGUGGUGGAUGGCUAUUUCCUUCCUGAGGAUCCUCAAAAGAUGUUCCAGGAUGGAAAGUUCCGGAAGAUCCCGUAUCUGCUCGGGGUGACGACUGAGGAGGGUGUAAAAAGUCUUGUACACUCAGAGGUCAUCAUCAAACUAUAA